UUCUUUUUCUUUUCUUCUUUUCCUUCUUUAAAAGAUAACAAGAAUGGUUCGACCUUUGAUUUUAUUAAGAUCUACUUCUUUAAUAAGAUCUACACAACGAUUAUCACCUGUGUUCAAUAUUACACCUGUUCAAUCAAGUAUUGCCAGUUUAGGUUGCCUAUAUCAACAACAACGUUUUGCAGGUCAUAACAAAUGGAGUAAAGUCAAACAUACCAAAGGUGCAAAGGACGCGAAAAAGAGCAAACUCUUUUCCAAGAUUGGAUUGGAAAUCACUAGAGCUGUCAGAGCUGGUGGAUCUGAUCCGAAUAUUAAUACUCGAUUAUCGACUAUUCUUAAUCGUGCAAAGGCAAACAAUAUGACAAAAGACAGUAUUGAAAAUGCUAUGAAAAAGGCUUCCGACAAAAACCGUGAUGCUAUGGAAGAUGUUUUAUACGAAUGUUAUGGUCCUGGUGGUAUUGCAAUGAUUAUUGAAGCUGUUACUGACAAGAAAUCAAGAGCAGUCAAAGAAGUGAAGGAAGUCUUGAAUCGUCAUGGUGGAUCUGUUUCUUCAGUUGGUUGGCUUUUUGAAAAGAAAGGAAAGAUUGCGUUUGCAACAGGUGAAUCCGGACAUACUUUAGAUCAAAUGAUGGAUGCUGCUAUUGAUGCUGGUGCCGAAGAUAUUGAAGAAGAAGAAGAUCUUGUAGAGAUCACAUGCGAUUUCACAGAAUUGAACAAUAUCAGUAAAACAUUAUCAAACCAACAAUAUGAAGUACGUGAAAUGGAAGCAACAUAUAUUCCUCAAAGCUCAAUGGAAAUUACUGAUCCUGAAAUGAUAGAAACUGUAGCUAAGUGCUUGGAAUCGAUGGAAAACUUGGAUGAUGUAGUGAAAAUUCAUUGUAAUGCUGUUCUACCUGAUGAUGCUGUUGAAGAAGUAGAUCAAUAGAUAAUUUAGUUUAGUUUAGAUUAUUA